ACUUGUUUGCUUGCUGUGAGAUACCAUGGGUGAUGAUUAUGAAGCAGAGGAGCGGGCCAGGAGGAGGGAAGAGAGAAGAAAAAAGAGGGAGGCUGAACGUGCUACGGCGGCUGCAACCAAUGGUUUUGAUAGUACUUCUAGCAGAGACCUGGAUGAAAUCAGAAGAAGACGGGAGGAGCGUCGGGCAAAGCUCAGGCAAUCAGGGGCAGAGGAGACGGAGACUAAUGGGCCAACAGAGGAAACAGACGAAGAGAGAGCGCGGCGAGAGAGGAGAGAAAAGAGGGCCAGGGAGCGAGCAGAGAGAGAAGCAGCCGAUGCAGAAGAAGAGUCGUCAUACAUAUCUCGUCGCCGUCGACAACGGGAGGAGAACAACAAUGAAUCUUUGACGCCAAAAAAGAUUGAGAGUGAAACGGUAGAAGACACAUCAUCCAACCAACAACAGGAGGAAGAUGAUACACAGAAUCAGAGAGAGGAAGAGGAGAGGAGACAGAGAGAAGAAGAAGAAGAGAGACAGAGACAAGAGGAGAGGGAGCGAAGACGUCGUGAGAAAGAGGAGGAAGAAGAACGUCAAAGGCAAGAGGAGGCAGCAUCAGCCACAGCCAGGGAAGAAGAGGAGAGAAGGCAAGAAGAGGAACGCCAGAGGUUGGAAGAAGAGGAGGAGAGGCAACAAGAGGAAGAGAGAGAACGAGAAGAACGUAGCAGGAGAAGGGAAGCAGAAAGGGAAGAGGAGGAACGCCAGAGACAGCAGGAAGAGGAGGACGAAAGACGGAGACAAGAAGAAGAGAGAGAAGAGGAGGAGAAUCGCAAAAAGGCUGAAGCCGAAAGAAAAGCUGGAGAGGAAAAGAAGAAGGCUGAAGAGGAACACAGUAAGAAAGCCGAGGCUGAAAAGAAAAAAGCAGAGCAGGAACGAAAGAGGAAAGAAGAAGAAGCGAAGAAGAAGGAAGAGGAGAAGAAAAGAAAAGCAGCUGAGGAGGAACGUCGGAAAAAGGAACAAGCAGAGAAGAAGCCAGCCGAGCAAGCAAAGACAGAUGCAGCUCCUGCAGCCGACGCUGCUCCCGCCGCCGCUCCCGCCAAACCUAAACCCAAACUUGGCGGCAAGCUUGGUAGUAAACUCACUGCCGGAAGAAAAAAGAAUAUUAUGCAAAUGAUGAUGAAGAAGGCCCAGACUGACCUGAAGGUUGAAGCAGAACAGAAAGCCGAGAUGAGGGAUAAGUACGUUGAAGAAAAUGUCAAACCACUCAGCAUUGAUUCCUUGUCACGCGAUCGUCUUCGUGAGCUCUGCGAAGAGCUGAGCGAGCAGCUGAGGGAUGCCGAGGGUAACAAAUUUGACCUGGAAGUUAUUAUACGCAAGCAAGAUCUAGAGAUUGAAGACAUGAAAGUUCGAGCUAAUGAAGCAAGGGGCAAAUUUGAAAGACCAGAGCUUAAGAAAGUACAGAGGAAUACAGACAAACCGUCUGACACGUAAACUAGGUUCUUUAAUUCAUCUCGUUUGCAUCGUCAUCUUCUUUAUUCAUGUGCUAUUGUCUCCGAGACUUGAUUGCCAGACCAAUACAGUUCAACCAAUCGGAUCGCCCAUCUCAUCUUGUAGAGGCCUCCUUCAUCCAAUUGCAUUUCAUGUCUUAUAGAAAGAUAUUGACAACUAUAACAACUCCCUAUGUUUCCUCAUGAGGUUACAUAUUCGGUGAAAAUAUAUGGUUUCUUAGAAUGUUCCCCUCUGAUGAAGAUAAAUAUGGUCAUUUCUACAGUACUUUGACAAAAGGAAGCAAGUGACAUUUUAACCAAAAUUGAUUUUUUUUAUUUGUCAAACAUCUUUAUUAUUGAUUUCCUCUUCUGGGUGAACCUUUGUCGAAAAAUAAAAUGCAUUUGGAUUUAUUUAAAUGACAGAAUUGUUUGCUCUUUUACAGAAAAUUAUAGUUUUAUAACUUGCUUUCUUUUGUCAAAAUAGGGCAGCAUCGUUGGCUUUGUUCAACUCGGCUCUACAGAAAUCAUUAGUGAACUUUUGGAAGAAAUCCAUUAUUUCGUGGGUUCAGAGUACAUAGUAGAUAGUUUAUAGCUACAUUAUAUUUAUAGAUGUAUGCAAUUACCAGGGAUGCCAACUAUUUUUAAUUGCGGUUUUUUAUGAAAAGUACUGCAGGCUUUAUGAAAAACUAUUUUGUUUCCCAAAACUGACAUUAUCCACAUAUCUAUUACAGAACAGUUGAAAAUACUGUUUUGCCAACAGAAACAUCACUAUUACAUCCCUCCAAAUAGAAACAUCACUAUUUCAUCCCUCCAAAUACUGCAAAUGUUCCUCCAAGGUUGGCAUUUCCAAAUAGUUAUGAUAUUACAAAGUGCCUUAUAUAGAACACUACACCCUAAACUAUGCAAGUUAUUUAUUUCUCAAUGACAUAUAGUCUGGGCAAUAAGGGCUCUUUAAAAGUGUUCCUACGGUGUAGUCCAUGUACCUAUUUCCUGCCUGUAUCAUAAUCUACUUUGAUGUGUGAUGAGAUUGUCUUUGUCUCAAAACUUCAAACCAAGUUACUGGGCCAUGUAACACAAAGGUUUGUGGUCAAUUGCAAUUAUUAAAAAUGAUUCUGAUUGGUUCCUGGGCAGUGGUAUGAACAAAAUCUGUAUAUGACAAUGAUCAUGAUUGGCCAUUGUCAUUUAGCAUUUGAAUGCAAAUUUUUGUGUUACAGAGCCCGGGAAAAUUACAAUAGGAUAUCGAUGCAACACAAUGUAUUCACAAUUUCAUAUGUAAGUGCCAAAAUCAUAGCCAGAUGGAUGUAUUUAGAACAGAAGUUGUAUUCUAAAAAAUUAGGGUUACCUUGGAUUUAAGUUUUUUCUCAUGAUACCCCCUUGGUCAGACAUGGCACAACAAAUGACUCCACUUAUCGUUGCCUGUUGACUACUGAAUUCUGUCAUUUCUAUAGACUUUUUAUUUGGACUACCCUACUCCAGUAGGCAAUAGAUUCGUCAAUGGUUAUGCUGGGUGUGAGGUCUGAAAUGAGCAAAAUCAUCUUGUGUUAAAACUGCAAAAAAAUCAGGUUAUCCUAUUUUAUUUACAGUAUUCUUAGAUUUUGUUUUAUCGGUCUGCAGAUUUUUCAGUUACAAACCAAACUAUUUAUCCUGUCUGUAACAUUUGUUGGAUAAAAUAUUGACUUUGUAUUUAAGAAAAAAUUGCUUUGCUCUUUGUUGCCCUGUGUCUGAACACACCUUAAUUUUGUCAUUCCCUUGACUAGGAGUAUCCCUGGUUCAUUCAGACUGAGAAAAAUAAUCCUGAGAUAAGCAAUAUCUCACAUACAAUGCAGCUCAGUGUUAUUGCAAAGCCAUGCCUACAUACAUGUAUGAAUAGCUCUUGUAUGUACUUUUGGAGACUCUCUUUGCACUUGUAUAUAUUUGUUUAAUUUUGAUUGGCUUCAGUAUAAAUACUUUGCCUAUUACUGCCUUCUGUAGAAACUUUUAGACAUAUUAUUCACUGUAGUCCCACGUACUAACUUUGGAUAAAUGUUCAGUACUAGAAAAAUACUGGGAGGAACAAGCUAUCAAUAGUUUACUGUAUGAAAUGUCACUACUGCCUUUGAACAUUCAUACAUUCAUGUUGAUAUAUCAUUAUCAGGGUAUCUGCAUGAAAGUUAUUAAGUUCAUUGACUCUCGUUAAUUAUGGAGGAGCAAAUUCAGGGAUAUGGUCACAUCCUAUGUGCUAUUUAUCAACUUAUAGCAACUUCCGUGCCACCCAUUUUACAAGCAUUUGCCUACAAUAAACUUUCAGGAAGACAAGAUUACCUUCAAACUAGAAACUGGUAUUUCUUAAUCAAAAAUGUAUGUAGCAUUAUUUCAAAGGAACAGGUUUCCAGUUUAAGACAUAUCUCCAAACCAAUCUCGGACUGAGAAUGAAAUAUCUAUCACUCUUAUGCGGUAUUUUACAUAAAUCAGUUAGUUGAUAGUGACCUUAAUGUAUCCUGUUCAUGUUGCCAGUAUAUAUAUGUUGUAUAUAAUUCUAUUAUAGAAUGUGUGGUGAUAUGAAAUGAAGCAUUAUUGUACUUUCCUUUUUUAUGAUGUCAUAUAUUAACCAUAGAUGGUUUUGACAACAUGCACUCUGGUGGAUUAAACAAAUCACCCCCCCCCCUUCUUAGUCACCUAGUCACGUCACUGAUAGAACCCAAUCUUCUUGACCUUGACACCGAGUCGUAUAGGUCAAAGGUCAAUAGAUUGUGCACAGAAAAGUUCACAACAUGCUUGAAAGAUAGAUAGAUUAGGCAGAUAUGCAAAAAAGAUAUCCAGCUCCAGAAGAAAAAGAAACAAAUGACGAUUGCAUGCAUUAUCUAGUUUCUCAGUAGAAGGCUAUGUAGCAUACUGUCACCUGAUGUUGGUCACCUGACAUAGGUCACCUGAUGUUGGCCACCUGACAUAGGUCACCUGAUGUUGUUCACCUUACAUUGGUCACCUGAUAUCAGUCACCAAAAAUAGUCACCUGAUAUUAGACCCUGAUAUUAGUCACCUGAUAAUGGUCACCAGACGAUGCAAAGUUGUUUGCGAAGGGCACAGACAUUCUCUCUGCUAGUUCUAGCAUUUAGUGCUUUGUGAUGUCUCUAGGGUAUACCAGCUAAUGUAGAUGUCCCCCUACAUAAUUGCUGGAUGACCUUUGACUCAUCAAUCUUGAUCUUCCCGUGACCAUUACAUGACCACUACAUGCAAACGACUUACCAAGAACAAUUCUACUACAUGUAUCAAAAGCAGGUAGAACAAGAACUGUUCAGAACACCUUAAAAUCAAUCACAUCCUCUGUAUGUGUGAUUUCUCAGUGACUUUCCUUAGGCCUGUAUCACAAGCCCUAGUGGUCAAUCGUACACUGAUAUAAAUGAUUGAUUACACUUGAUUAUCAAUGUAAUCAAUAGAAAAUAACAAACAUGCAGCCAAACAUGGUUUUGUGUUCCGGGCCCUGAUCGCACAGUGUAUAGAGAAAGAGAAUGAGAAAGGAAAGGGAGGAAUACUAAGAAGGAUUUCUAUUUCAUGGUAUGGUGAAACAGAGCUUUGAUAGAAGCCUGUUGCAGGAGAUACUUCGCAAACAUAUAUAAAUUAAUCAGUUGUAUAUGAACAUGAAUAAUUUAUUCAAGUUGUAAGGGGAAUAUAUCCAGGGUAAUUGGUUUCAUAUACUUAAUGAGAUUCAUUAUGAUUAAGGAUGAAACCAGAUUUUGUUUUACAGUUAUGAAUGUAGAGAUCUAAAUGUAAUCUGAUUAAGAUAUUUGAAUGGUGCUUUACUUAGUCUUUUCAACUUUUAGAAAUCUUAACUUAUUGUUUUUUUGUCCUUUGCACAGCGGGCUUUCGUAGGGGAGAUUUUUUUUUUCAUUUUUAGUUCAUGAACUCUAGGUGAAAGCAUAUGUGUGCAUAAAAAAUUAAUGAAAAAGGGAAAAAAGACUUAAAGUUAGAAGAAAAAAUACUUUUUGUUGCUUUGUAUUGUAGAAAUCUAUUUAUUGAUUAAUUUCUUGUUUUUAACUAUCCAGUAUUUAUUGUACAUGUAGAGUUUUGUUAUAAACAACUAAUUAUGCCAAGUGUAUUAAUGAGAAGUUGAUAAUGUGUUUUCCAUUGUAAUGCAAUAUGAUAUUUGUUGUAGAACUAGUCUUGUUAUAUUUGUAUGUAAUGGUAUCGUGUACCACAUGUUCUGUCUAUUGUGUUUCAUUUCAUAUAUUUUCAGUUUGAUAUUUUAGCUCAAUUUAGGAUUAUGUACGUAGAAAACCAAAUGUUUCAGAAUCGAUGAGAGAUUUGAGUGAUUUUUUUCUUGACGUGAGCUGUAAUUUUAAUUGCAUUGGACAGAUUAAUAAUUUGUGACAAAUAUUUUUCUUCCACUCUUUCUAAUGACUUCUUUCUGAUUUUAUAUAUUGUAUUUUAUUAUCCUUGUAAAGGUGAUUUCAAACAUUUUCUCUUCAUUAUUUAAUCAUUUUGAGAUGCAUUUAUGUUUUGAACACUAAAAGAAGAGUGGAUAGUGAGGCUAGUGAUGUGAAAUCAGUCUAAUAUCUUUGGAAAGAAAGAUGAGUUGUAUAAUGACAUCUGUUAACGUGAUUGGUCAAAGUUUUCUGUAUCUUUCAUGUGAUGUUUGUGAUUGGUCAAUCAUGCUACAUGUUUGACCAAUCAGAAAUUGUCUUUUAAAAUAUCGAAGAAACUAAUAUAAAGCAGAGUAAAGAUAUUUAAUAGGUGAUGAGAAUUUUAGCUUAAAUUAUUUGGUGACUCAGUAAAAUCCAUGAACAAGUGAUUAGAAUAUUAACGUAUAUAUGAGGAAUUCUCGGCUCAAAAUAAGUAUUACACUAAUUGUUUAAUGUGUGUUGAUGAUACAACCGUUGAAUAUGAGGAAAAGUUGAUGACAUCUUAUGGGGAUAUCGGUCCAAGAGAUAAACAUUUUUUGCCACCGGUUAGUUCACCCAAUGCCAAUUAUUUCAUUUGCCAUAUUGUAAAUUAUAAUUGUGGAGGUUCUAUUUGUACUCCUGCAUGGGAACUAUCUAAAGGAUUGACAGUUUCCUGAUCUUGGAAUUGGCUUCUUUUUUAAGUAGUUCAUUUUUUUUUUAUAAAUAAAACGGAUGUCACCAGAUUUUUCUAAUAUGAAGAAAUUAUAUUUUCUGAUUUCUUUCAUAUUCACAACAUUGAGCUAACGUACAUUGAUCGAUCAGAUGUUUGUUUUAAUCAGAAUACUGAAAAUGGAAUGUUGAAGAUGAAAGCAAACAAUUGCUUGGAAAGUCGAAUGAUAUGUAUACACAAAGGCAUAAUCAAUAAAUGACCCAAUAAUACAAAUCCAUAA